AUGGUAGCAUUGGAGCUCUCUAUGUGGCUAUUGACGCAAUUCGUCAGAAUCACCUUCUCGAUGGUUAUGACUUCAAUUGGUUAUGCCAUCGAACUGAUUCGCGACUUUAACGUCGAUGUAAUUAUUGGACCUACUUGUAACGUCCCUGCAAUUGCCGUCGCAGCCGUUACUGCUUUCUACAAUAUACCACUUUACACUUGGGGAUUCACUACAGCUAAUGAGCUCGCUGACACUGUGCGCUUUCCUACCUGCAUCGUCCUCACACCAAACUAUUUGACGUAA